AUGAAACAUAUCUUUGCGAAUAAGGUGCAAAGCUUCAGGGCUGGCCAACUGACACAUUUCCUUGGUAAAUGGAAAGAACUAACUUCCGACUCGGAAGUCCUUAACUGUGUUAGGGGUCAGUACAUUGAAUUUUCCACACAGCCCACAAAAAACUUGGUUUCCAAAAGGAAAACAUUCAACAUCAGUGACUCACUAGUUAUUGAAGCUGAAAUUAAAAAAUUGCUUGACAAAGGUGUCAUUGUACCCACUCAACAUGAAAGUGGAGAAUAUAUUUCGCCUAUUUUUGUGACAAAUAAAAAAGAUGGAUCAUCUCGAAUGAUCUUAAAUUUGAAAAGCUUUAACCAGCAUGUUGAAUACCAACAUUUUAAAAUGGACUCGGUCUGGACAGCAAUUAGGCUCAUGACCCCAAAUUGUUACAUGGCGUCAAUCGAUUUAAAAGAUGCUUACUAUUCGGUCCCUAUUGCAAAGCCACACCAGAAGUACCUCAAAUUUGAGUGGAACAACAUGUUAUUUCAGUUUACAUGUUUUCCCAAUGGGUUGGCCUUUUGCCCUAGGAAAUUUACCAAGCUAAUGAAACCAGUCUUUGCCACCCUUCGACAGCUUGGCCACUUAUUGUCAGGUUACAUAGAUGACUCCUGGUUGAUGGGGACAGUCUGGGAUGAUUGUGCAAAAAAUGUGGUUGACACGGUAAAAUUAUUAGACAGUUUGGGAUUUGUGGUACACCCUGAGAAGUCGGUGUUCAUCCCAACUCAAAAACUGGUAUUUCUGGGUUUUACUCUAGACUCAGUUAACAUGCAAGUCUACCUUACACCUGAUAAGGCUGUUAAGCUAAAACAGGCAGCUACUGUUAUGUUGCACUGUAAAAAGCCUACUAUUAGGGAUGUAGCCAAGGUCCUUGGGCUUAUAGUAUCUAGCUUUCCUGGCGUUGCCUAUGGACCCCUUCACUACCGCUAUUUAGAACGAGAUAAAACUAUAGCUCUUAAUGCUAGCAAAUGGAACUUUGAUGCCACAAUGUGCAUAUCCAGCCAAGCAGGUGAAGAGCUUAAGUGGUGGAUUGAAUCAAUCGAGACUGCAUCCAACCCGAUAAAUCGAGGAGAAGUAGAUAUUACCAUUACUUCUGAUGCCUCAAAACAGGGGUGGGGUGCAGCAACCAGUGAUUCUUCAACUGGGGGACUUUGGACUGUUGAAGAGGCUAAGGAGCACAUCAAUUUUCUCGAAAUGUUAGCUGUAUUCUUUGCCUUAAAAUCAUUCAGUACUUUGACUCAUGGCAAACAUGUUAAGGUCAUGGUCGAUAAUACUACCACUGAAUCAACUAUUAACAAGAUGGGUACAAGCCACUCCCUGUAA